UUAUUUAUUUGCCUUUCUUUUUUCAAUAUUCUCCCAUUUUUUUCUUCUUCUUCUUCUUCGCUGUACUUAGCCGUUGCUCCAAAAAGCAGAGGAAAAGAAAAACUCCUCUGUUUUCUCAGCAAUGGCGUCUCUUUUUCUUCUUCAUCUUCUUCCUCAAUUUUUGUUGUGGGUUACCGUGGUUCUGCUAAUCUCACCAGCCCAAUCCCUCACCUGCUCCACCCAGAAGUUUACGAACAACAAGCUUUAUUCUGAAUGUUUGGACCUUCCCUCUCUCGGUUCCUACCUCCAUUGGACCUAUGAUUCCUCCAAUUCCUCACUCUCCAUCGCCUUCGUCGCUCCUCCAGCAAAAUCCGACGGCUGGAUUUCGUGGGCUAUUAAUCCGACGGGCAAGGGCAUGGCUGGAUCCCAAUCUCUAAUCGCCUUCAAGCAAUCGGACGGUUCCAUGAUUGUUAAGAAAUACGAUAUCCAGUCUUACAGCUCCCUCGUCGAAGGGAAGCUCUCGUUCGAUGUUUGGGACACCUCCGCCGAGUACUCCGGUGGCGUUAUGAGGAUCUUUGCGACGGUAAAGGUACCGGCGAACGCUUCGUCGUUGAAUCAUGUAUGGCAGGUGGGUCCCUCCGUCGAUUCUGGGAGACCAACCGCACAUUUGUUUCAGGCUUCCAAUCUCAACGCCAAAGGAAGUUUAAGCUUGAAUGGGUCUCAGAUUAGCACAGGCACCGCCACGGUAGAUUCCAGGACCAAGAAGAGGAAUAUUCACGGCAUAUUAAACGCUGUAAGCUGGGGAAUAUUAUUCCCACUCGGAGUUAUCAUAGCCAGGUACCUGAGAACUUUUGAGUCUGCGGAUCCGGCAUGGUUUUAUCUUCAUGCUUUAUGCCAAACAUCUUCUUACGCCAUUGGAGUAGCUGGCUGGGCCACUGGGCUCAAGCUUGGGAGUGAGUCAAAGGGGGUUACAUAUACUGACCAUCGUAAUAUUGGGAUUGCCCUUUUCAGCCUUGCAACUCUUCAGAUUUUUGCUCUGUUCAUAAGACCAAAGAAGGACCACAAAUUUCGAUUCUACUGGAACAUAUACCACCACGGUCUUGGUUACGCCAUCAUCAUUCUUGGCCUCGUAAACGUGUUUAAAGGUAUUGACAUACUGAGUCCUGCUCAGAAGUGGAAAUCUGCAUACAUUAUCUGCAUUGCUGCUUUGGGUGGACUUGCUUUGUUAUUGGAGGCUAUUACUUGGGUUGUUGUCUUGAGAAAGAAGUCAAGAAGGUCCACUAAACCCUACGAUGGAUACAACAAUGGUCAAGGCACUCAAAGACCUGUUGGUUUCUGAUACAUAAUGGUAGAUACCAGUGAAGGGUUUUGGCCACGACAACACAAACACUCAUUGUUGAGUUUGUAAUAUUCUUGUCUCCUCACCUUGUUCGUGGUUUCAUGCCUUGUUAAUCUAUGUCAGCUGAACACUUCUCUCCUGUAUAAUUAAUUGGCUUGAUUUCAUUUAGAUAUUAUAUACACAUCCGGAUUGUCGACUUUGUUUUAUUCUCUCAUUAUUGUUAGGUUAAAGAUGAGAUGAGAGUACUCCCAUUUUUUUUUGUUUCCUCAGUCUAUAUAUUUUCUUAUAAUAAUUUUUGUAUUUAUGAUUUUA